UACAGCUUCAACGGUUAAAUCCACCUCACAGGAUUCUAACACGUUUCAAAUCGAAAGGUUUGAUUUCUUUAUCUUUGGUAAUUAGAAUGGCCGAGGCUCAGAGCGGUGAGGUCGUGUCGGUGGAGCUCCCUGCUCCGGCUGCUUGGAAAAAAUUGUACAUGCCAACAAAGGGAACACCAAGGAAGAAUGAAAUUUCAUUUAUUGCUCCUACUGGCGAGGAAAUUAUUAACCGAAAACAGCUGGAGAAGUACUUAAAGUCUCACCCUGGAAACCCUGAAAUAUCACUAUUUGAUUGGAGCACUGGUGAGACUCCAAGAAGAUCAUCAAGGAUCAGUGAGAAGGCCAAGGCCACACCUCCAUCUAAAGAGAGUGAGUGGCCAAACAAGCGGAGGAGGAAAGCAUCAGGUAGUAAGAAAGACAAGGAGAUUAACACUGGAAAUGAGGAAUCAGAAUGGAAGAAAGAGGCUAAAACACAAGAUGAAGAAGUCGGUGAGAACAAAGAACAAGAGAAACAAACUGAUAAUCUGAUGGAUUCUGAGCCAAACAGGGAAGAUGAAAAGCAGGAAGAUCCUCUGACUGAAUUGGAUGAGAAAGGGACCAAGGAAAAUCCUGGGACAGAUGUUGAGCUGCACGGUGAUAACCAAGGGAAGAGUGUCAAUGUUGAGAUAUGUGGAAAUGAUAAGGAUGAAACUACUGACAAAAGUAACAGGGUUGAAGUCAUUUCAAAGGUGGAAGAAUUGUUAUCUGGAGUGGAAGAGAAGCCAUAUUCUGGUUCUGCAGAGCUUGGUGUGGAUGAGGAGAAACAGUUUAAGGAAUGUAGUGUUCCCAUGGAAGCUGCUGUGGAUGGAGCUAAAAAUGAGAUUCUUUCUGGUGCAGCCCCUACAUCUGCUGCACAAACUAAUGGAUUCCAGGAUAUUAUUGGGAAAACUAAUUUGCAGGUGGAGGAUCAAGAGAAGAUUAUGAAUGGAGACAACAUGGAAAAUGGAAAGAUGAACCUAAUGGGGGCAACAUUUACCUCAGAUCAGCCUUCACCGGCUGCUACUAGUUGAAUGUAAUUUUAAUGGCUAUCUUCUGUAGAUCUCCACAUAAUUCUGACAUUUGCCUUGUUGCGAUGACUGUAAUAUUAAAUGAUGACUAGGCUAGUCUUAUUUUGAGGUAGGCAAUCAACCUUGCUGGAUUGUAUGACAUUGUAGUUUUUGUAUUUUCUGUGGGGAAAUUUAGAUUGUUAUUGUAAACAGAUAAGGUUACGAUGUCCCGUGUUUCCCUACAAGUUUGGUAAAGAAUGUAGCUAUUUGGUUAAGAUUAUAUGUGCUUUGUUUGGUUA